GUCACACACGCGAUGUUGGGCGUCCGAAAACGGAUCAGCUGUUCUGUCAGCCGGCCGAUGCAGCCCGAGGCCGUCGAGCACAUCCGCGCUUUGGACUGACCGCAGCCAUGGCCACAGCUCAGUCUGUGUUCACCCUAGCUGUGUGCAUUCUGAUGAUCACAGAGCUCAUCCUGGCUGAGAAGGACUACUAUGAAGUCUUAGGUGUGCCCAAAGACGCCUCUGAACGCCAGAUCAAGAAAGCCUUCCACAAGCUCGCCAUGAAGUAUCACCCGGACAAGAACAAGAGCCCAGACGCUGAAGCAAAGUUCAGGGAGAUUGCUGAAGCAUACGAAACGCUGUCCGACAGCAAGAGGAGGCAGGAGUAUGAUCAGAUGAGGAAUAGCCCUUUUGGCCGAGGGGGCGCCAAAGCAGGUGGCGGUCAUUUCCAUCAACCAUUCAGCUUUAAUUUUGAGGACAUUUUCAGAGACUUUGAUGUUUUUGGACAGUCGCCACACUCCCAGCACAAGAGGCACUUUGAAAGCCACUUUCAGUCCCACGAGGAGACACAUAGAAGACACAGUAGACACUUCCAGAGUUCUUUCGGCGGGGGCAUGUUUGAGGACAUGUUUGCAGAUAUGUUCUCGUUUGACGGACACUCGGGCAGCGCUGGAAGCAGGUUUCAGGGCUCUGCAAGACAGCAGCACUGCAGGACAGUCACUCAGCGCAGGGGAAACAUGGUGACCACAUACACCGAGUGCUCCUGAUCCAGAUUCAGGCUUAUGCUUUAGUUAGGUUCUAAUUAAAUUUCUUGCUGUGGCUCCCUAUUUUUGAUUUGAAUCAGCAUCAGUGACGGUUUUCAAAAAGUAUGCAGAGUAAUGCAAUGCAAUACAAACACUUACAUGAAGGGCUUUAUUGCAGGAUAAACUCUGGGAUAUUCCCGAUGGCUUUUGUAAAGGGGGAUGCACAUUUAUCAGUAGGCGAUUGAAGUUCAGCAGUUAUAGCUGCGGCUGUUAAUAAGGUUAAAGGAAUAGUUUGAUUAAAAAGAUUUUAAUCGUUAUUUAUGUACUAAAUAAUAAGUAAGCCAGCCAGUAUAUAAACCAGAUGGUUUUUUUUAUGCAUGGCCUCAAAAUUCAUUAUCUGGGAAUAUAUUACGCCUUAAAGAAAAAUGCAGAAAGCAUAAAGGUGCCUGGCAAGAUAAUAACGAGAGGAUUUUCACGGUUUUGGACAAUCAUUAUUUGAAAUUAUGCUUGAAGAAAGUGUGUCAUCAGUUCUGGCUAGGCUUGUUAAUUCUAGUUUAUCAAUCAUAACUUUUCCUAAUCUAACUAUCCCUUUUAAAUGUUUAUUUUGUCAGCUCUCUUGUUGUGUGACCUGCAUAAUAGAUAUGUCAGUUCCUGUAUCUUCCAUUCAUUUAUGCCCAGCAGGGUCUCUGAGCAGUCCGUGCUCUUUUCAGGGUUGCCAUGCUGGUGUGGGGGCUAGAGGAGACAUGGUUGCCAUGUUUGAACACCAAGGGGUACUUUGCUGUUUUUCAGCCUAGUCUCUCUCAGCCGCAUCUGUGGCAUACAGUUGAUUACCAUCGAUGAUCAUUUUCACGUGGUAUGCUGCACUUAAGUACAUGACCGUGUAAUCAACUGUAGGAUGCAGCUUGAAAAUGCUGAGUUUUUCAUUCUGUGAUUUUACUCACGGGCGAAAGAGCAAGUUGGAGGAUGGAUGAUUGAAUCUACACUCCUCUGAAACUAGGCUAAGCUACUGCACUUAUCCUGAGGUUGAACCAGUCUCUACUAUGUUCUGUAGGUGGAGCCAUAGCCUACUGAGCCACUGCCACCCAUUGUUACCUGUAGUUCUCAAACAGCUUUUGGGUUCUUAGCCUGGGGUAAUCCCCUAAAUGUGCAAUAAUUACCUCUACCUUCUUGCUUUCUGGGAAUCUUGCUAGGUAACUUUAGUAAUAUUACACCAUCACACAAUUAUUUUCAGCCCCUCAGGCUUAACAGCAACAUCCAUGGGGUUUUCUGACAGGGACUGUAAUUUGCAUUUGGGAGGAAGCAGAUGAACGGUUGUUUAUUGUAAUCGAAUAUAAUUUCUGUCAUGUUGUUGGAAAAUGUCAGUGUCCUUUAACAUGUAAGUGGUGAAAGAAACAGAUUAUUGUUGGCUGCCAGCAGAUGCUUUAUGAUUGUGUAAUUGUGGCUUCCUUAAGAAAACCGCCGAAGCCUUUCAUCCAUACUGGCAAUAGAUCUUCUUGACUGUAACAGGAUUACCCUAAUUAUGUUCUUCAGCUUCACCAACUGUUACCUCAUGUCAUAGCUUUGAUGACAUACAGAAUGACGUGCAAUAUUGGGACGAGCACUUUAUGUGCCUUUUUUUUUGUGUCUGCACACCUUAAUAAUUUAUGAUGCAUGAAUGCCUUCCAUAGCUUUAUGGUUGUAUCAAAUGCUCUUCUUUCGUUGCUUUGAUUUCAUAAAAUAUGCACUGCAUACAAAUGUU